GCACCAGCAGCACAGAUGGUGGCCGGCCCUGACUAGCGUAGGGAGUGGUUUCUUGUUUUUAGUUUAGUUUUCUUAGUUUUUCAAUAGUUUUGAAAAAUGUUUUUCCUCCGAAAAUCGUGCCACGUCUCCCUUGAGACUCUUUCCUAAGCGAAAAGAAAGACGACGCCUUCGAUUUUCAGCGUGAAAGCUGUGUUAUUCUUUCAACGAGGAAUUUAAAGCCCGAAGAUGUCUUUAUUCUUCAAGUUCCGAAGCAAAAAGAGCGCCGAGUCGGGAGGGCCGUCGCAAAUCGGGUUCCCAACAAACGUUCACCACGAGUGGCAUGUCAGUAGGAACCAGCACACAGGCCAACUCGAGGGCCUUCCAGACCAAUGGUUGAAACUCAUGGACACACAAAUUACAAAAGAUGAACAGAAAGAGCAUCCGGAUGCUGCGAUUCAGGCGCUGAAGUACUACAAUUACUCGAUAAAGAAGAAGCCUGGCGACAACAACUUCUUCAAGCCCCUGGUCACGGAAAAGGCAAUUGCUGAGGAGUCGGAGGAGAUAGAGAAACUGAUUAAGCAGCAUGGCAAAGACGCGCACCGAAGUGUUGGCUCGGACAACAGCACCUCUUCGGACACAAGCCGAGAGCUUUCUCCGCAACCAGCAGGACAAAAUGUGGUACCACCUGUUGCACCACCGAGAAAAUCGCCCCGGACAGCCAAGAAGGAGAAGGAGGAACCUUUGUAUGACAAUAUACCGCGGGGUGUGCAGAACAUAAAGAUUGAUAAUUCUGAAGCUGAGGCUAAAGAGGUGUCACCAGUAAUGGUCCGCAAGAAGGAAAAACCAACCAAACUUACUGACGAUGAAAUUUUUGCUGAGCUUAAGGCGCUUUGCAACAGUAACGACCCUUACAAGAAGUUCAAUUUGAGCAAAGAGCUUGGCUCAGGAGCUUCGGGAACAGUCUUCACAGCCAAAGACGCUCAGCAAAAUUCUAUCGUGGCCAUCAAGGACAUCGACAUGUCGAAACAGCCCAGGAAGGAGUUGAUUCUGAACGAAAUCAAAGUGCUCAAAGACUUCAAUCAUGAGAAUCUGGUCAACUUUUUGGACGCCUACUUAGUAAAGGACCAUCUUUGGGUCGUCAUGGAGUUGUUGGAGGGAGGGCCUUUGACUGACGUAGUCACCGAAACGGUCAUGAAAGAAGGUCAAAUUGCUGCCGUGUCCAGAGAAGUCCUCAAAGCUGUCAGCUUUCUGCACUCAAGAGGAAUAAUCCACCGAGACAUCAAGUCUGAUAACGUCUUGCUGGGUUUGGAUGGAACGGUUAAAGUCACAGAUUUUGGUUUUUGUGCAAACAUCAUCGGAGACGAAAAAAGGCAAACCAUGGUCGGAACGCCUUAUUGGAUGGCUCCAGAGGUUGUAACGAGAAAACAGUAUGGAAAGAAGGUGGACAUUUGGUCCUUAGGAAUUAUGGCAUUCGAGAUGAUAGAGGGCGAGCCACCCUACUUGAAAGAGACACCCCUCCGAGCAUUGUAUCUGAUUGCUGCUAACGGAAAGCCAAAGAUUCCUCGUUGGGACAAACUGACGCCUGCCUUUCAAGAUUUUCUGAAUAGAUGUCUUGAGGUAAACGUUGACGACCGGGCAGAUGCGGACGAACUCCUCCAGCACAAGUUUUUGACCAACUGCAUGAAACUGAGCUCGUUGACUCCGCUGAUCCAGGCUGCCCAGAAAAUCCUGCGCAAGGGCGCUUACCAACCAUCGUGAACAUUGUAAAACUGCAAUCAUUCUGUACACAAAGCCAUCAUUCAAGUCAUGCAUUUGUUGUUGUUGUUGAUUUAAAGUUCUCUGUUCGCAAAUCUGUUACCAAUCAACAGUGAGUGAUGGGUAAACUAUUCCAGUCUUGUGCCUUCCCAAUUUUAGCACAAUUACCACGUAAGACUAUCAAUGUAUUACUAUUUUUCUAUAAACUUGUAUUUUGCUGUUGUGAACUUGCCUCGAAUAAUGGCAUUUAAUUUUGGAACAAAAUUUUUUUAAAUAGUUUUGUAUUGCAAAUCAAAAAGGAGAAAAAGCAAAUUUAUUGGUAUUAUAGAGCCUCUAUUUUGUAAACGGCUUACUUAUGUUUCAUCUCAUUUUCAUCUUAUAUUUCCAGUGAUUCCAGACCCAUUUUUAAUGAUUUAUUAUGGUCGUUGAGAAAUAAAAUGUCUUGAUAAA